GCGCCGUUGUGGCGUUCACCGAGUGUGUUGUGACAUGCAGUGGUGAGUGGGAGAAAUGAGUGGGAGAGUGCUGUUGUGACCUGCGAGUCCGUCUGGUGAACGCGAGUCUUCCAACUUCUUUGGCCGCACUGAAUCAGGGCAGUCGACCGAAACGUUGGCGGUUAGGCGCUAUUUUGAUGUUUACAUCCUUAGAGAAUCGAUUCCUAAAACGCGGGCACCACGGACUCGGAGACGCGGGAGAAUCGAGACGCGGAAUCGCGAGAGGCUAAAGAAUCGCCGGUGUGAAUGGGCGCGGACCCUGAGAGUGAGACUCGGGAGAGUGAGAGACGCAGGGAUGUUGUAAGUGAGAUGUUUAGUUCAAGGGUUUGGUUCUCGAACGCGUUUGUGAGAUGAGCCGAGCACGAGUCCAUGCCACCAAUUCGCCUCCUCUCGACGUUUUGCCUUGCAGAGAAUGAGCGAUGGAGCAAUCCCUGGCACUCACAUCAGGGAACCAGAGAAUCCGGAGGAAACCCACUCAGAACAGGGGGGAGAACAUACAUAUUCCACGCAUACAGGCUCCCAAGUCGGGAAUCGAACCCAGGCACGGAGCGGGAAGCGCGUGGGGCGGACUCACGUUUACCCGGAGCAGUGAGCGUCAAGCAGGAGUGCGAAGAGACGCCGAGCAUUGGGACGUGGGUGGGGAAAGUUAUGGGAGUAAACCGGAGGUCCCGGAGGAAACCCAUGCAGAACAGGGGGAGAACGUAUAGACUCCUCACAGAACGGCGCCCGAGUCGGGAAUCAAACUCGGGCGAUUCUUGCUGUGAGACACAACAAGCGCUGCCCCACCACCCUGCCGCCCCAUGUGUUGCAGAGACGGCGGACGGCACCGGACAACGGCAGAAGCCAUUCCAGUGCUUCCUGUGCCCCUACAACACUGACCACCGGAGCAACCUACAGCGCCACCUGAAGACGCACACGGGCGAGCGGCCGUACGUCUGCCGCGAGUGCGGCAAGGCCUUCACACAGUCGAGCAACCUGCGCAAGCACCGGCGCACGCACUCGGGAGAGAGGCCCUAUGCAUGCAUCGAGUGCGGGAAGGCCUUCGCGUACCGGCACACGCUGCGGGGCCACGCGCGCACCCACUCGGGCGAGCGGCCGCAUGCCUGCAGCGAGUGCGGCAAGACUUUCGCCGACGUCACGAAUCUCAAGAGGCACGAGCGGACUCACGCGACGGGGGCAGCGAGUGCUGAGGCGCCGCUCGGUUGCGACCGAGGGCUUCUCGAGCCACGCCGGCGGACGAAGCGACGCGAAGCCACGGCAGAGACCGCCCGGACGGCGGAGGAGAAGCCGCACGCUUGCUUUUCCUGCGGCGAAGGGUUCUGCCGCCCAGCCGAGUUUACGCAACAUGCCGAGCGUCGCCUGCCGGAGGGGGCCGGCGAGGAGGGCUGCGCCGCGGACGCCUCAGACGACGACGUUGAUGGCUCGACGGAUGAGGUCGGGGCCUCGGCGGGUCCGGCUGUUGCCCUGCGGGCUGGGGCCAAGCCACAUGUCUGCCGUGAGUGCGCCAAGUCAUUCGCCAAUGCGUCGGGUCUGCGCCGGCAUGGGCGGACGCACGUAGGCCACAGGCCGCACGUGUGCGCAGCCUGCGGGAAGUCGUUUUCCCAGUCGGGCAACUUGCGUGCGCAUGAGCGCGCGCACACCGGUGGCAGACCGCACGCGUGCCGGGAGUGCGGCCGUGCGUUCUCCUACCCGCACGCGCUGCGGCGUCACGCGCGCUCAGCGCACGCCACCGAGCGACCGCACCGUUGCACCGAGUGCGGGAAGGCCUUCUCGGACUUCUCCUACCUCAAGACACACCGGCGCUACCAUGCUGGCGAGAAGCCGCACCGUUGCGCACUGUGCAGCAAGUCCUUCGUGCAGCUGGGCGAUCUGCGCCGGCAUGAGAAGAUCCAUGCGAGGACGGAGACGUGCAAGUGACAGGGGUGCUGUAAUACGAUACAAUCGGAUACCCCACGAAAUAACCCAUCAGCCCAUACAUAUAAGAAAGUAGCUGUGGUGUUUCCCAUAAGGGUGUCUUCCAAUAUAUGGGAGAAAGUAGGCGUGGCAUUGCCUGUUGGGACAUAUCUGUCCAUCAUGGGAGAAAGAGGGGGGGGCGUUGCUUGUAUGGGUGUCUCUGUUCACAUAUUGGGAGAUGGUCGGCAUGGUAUUGUCCGUAGGGUCGUGUUUCCCCCAAUAUAUGGGAGAAAGUAGUCAUGGCGUUGCCUGUUGGGACUUGUAUCUGUCCAUAUAUGGGAGAAAGUAGGCGUGGUGUUCCCUGUAAGGUCAUGUCUAUUUCCACAUGGGAGAAAGUAGGUGUGGCGUUGCUUGUAGGGGUGUCUGUUUACAUAUUUGGGAGACGGUCGGCAUGGUAUUGCCCGUAGGGUCGUGUUUCCCCCCAUAUAUGGGAGAAAGUAGUCAUGGCGUUGCCUGUUGGGACUUGUAUCUGUCCAUAUAUGGGAGAAAGUAGGCGUGGCAUUGCCUGUUGGGACGUAUCUGUCCAUCAUGGGAGAAAGUAGGUGCGGCGUUGCUUGUAGGGGUGUCUCUGUUCAAAUAUUUGGGAGACAGUCGGCAUGGUAUUGCCCGUAGGGUCGUGUUUCCCCCCAUAUAUCGGAGAAAGUAGUCAUGACGUUGCCUGUUGGGACUUGUAUCUGUCCAUAUAUGGGAGAAAGUAGGCGUGGUGUUUCCCGUAAGGUCAUGUCUAUUUCCACAUGGGAGAAAGUACGAGUGACGUUGCCCGUAGGGACGUGUCUUAUCCCAUAUAUGGACUUGUGGAAUCUGAUUCAAGGUAUCUUUUGUAUUGAUUCUGUUUACAGUAGAUCCAAUAGCCAUGUGAGAGUAUCAAUUCAUCCAGGGUUAAUCACUAUGUCGAUUAAUUGGCAUGUGAUCCAUGGAUCGAGUAAUCCCUGGAUCGAGUAAUCCCAUGGGUUAAUAUGUGAAAGGCCCCCUUUUUUUGAUUGGUUAAUAUCAGCAUGAUGAGUGAUUGGUUCGCAGUCAGUUUUUAUUGGAUUGUGGCAGAGGCUGGGUGUCCGUGCGUGAGAUGAGAUCGAGUACGUUAUGAGUGUGCGCAAGGCUUUUUUGCAAAGUGUGUCUGAUUGAAUUUAUUCCGUUUGUAACAAAGUAAAGGUUGUUUUAAAUGUAGCUUUGUUGUGGAAUCGUUUCUCGUGACACUUUAUUAUUUUAUUAUUGGAAUCCGAUUAUGUAUCUUGGAAAAUGAAUCAGAUGAGCUAUGAAGCUCUUAUUCAAAGAUGUCCAGUAGGGGCUGGCAGGUCAGCGAGUUACAACAUUAAUUCAUUCAUCAUGCAUAGUCUGCGAAGGACCGUUGCGCCAAACUUGUGACCUCUUGUGACAGUAUUCACAUAAACUGCUUUGGCUGCCAUAAA